AUGGCUUCUUACCAAACAAAGUCUCGGGCGUUCAACCUCAAGGACAACUAUGUCCAGAUCAUCAAUGGCAAGAGUGCCCCAACCGAAAAGACCCAUCGUGGCAUAAACCCUGCCACUCUUGAGCAGAAGCUAGAGGUCCCCAUCGCCACCCAGGAGAACGUCAACCAAGCAGUCGAGGCAGGCAAAAUGGCUUUCAAGUCUUGGUCAAAGGUGCCAUGGAACGAGCGCAAGAACAAAUUGCUUGCGUUUGCAGAUGCUUUCGGUGCUCAGAUGAAGGAAUUCGCAGACCUCCUCGUCUCUGAGCAGGGCAAGACUAUUGAUCAAGCAUUGUUUGAGACAGGUGGUGCUAUCCACUGGAUCAAGGGACAGGCUAACCUCGAACUACCUGAGGAAGCCAUCGAAGACAGCGAGACCCGCAAAAUCGUAACACGGUAUACGCCUCUUGGUGUAGCCGCCGCCAUUGUUCCUUGGAACUUUCCCCUCAUGCUGGCAGCUGCAAAGAUCGCCCCCGCAGUCCUCUCAGGAAACGUCAUUAUCUUGAAGCCCUCCCCUUUUACUCCCUACUGUGGACUCAAGCUUGUUGAGUUGGCGCAGCAGUUCUUCCCUCCUGGUGUUGUGCAGUCGCUCAGUGGUGAUGAUAACCUAGGGCCUUGGAUUACGAGCCACCCCGGCGUUGAUAAGAUUAGCUUUACUGGUUCAACACAAACUGGAAAGCUAGUUAUGCAAAGUGCCAGUAAGACACUCAAGCGUGUGACACUCGAGCUCGGUGGUAACGAUGCUGCGAUCGUAUUUCCCGAUGUAGAUAUCGAGAAGGUGGCCCAGAAGGUCUCAACGCUUGCUUUCGCGAACUCGGGUCAGAUCUGCGCCAGCAUCAAGCGAGUCUACGUCCACGAGUCUAUCUACGAAAAGUUCCGUGAUGCUUUUGUCAAGCACGUGAAGACCUAUAAGCUAGGCGAUGGUUCAGUCAAGGGAAUUACCCAUGGUCCUAUCCAAAACGAGAUGCAGUACAAUAGAGUCAAGACCUUCUUCGAUGACAUUGAGAAGGAGGGCUGGAAGGUCGCUACCGGAGGAAAGUUCGAUUCUGCUCCUAAGAACGGAUACUUUAUCACACCUACUGUGAUUGACAACCCUCCCGACAACUCACGAAUCGUUGUCGAAGAACCCUUUGGCCCCAUCCUCCCGCUUCUCUCGUUCAAGGAUGAAGAGGAAGUCAUCCAGCGCGCCAAUGACACGCCCAUGGGCCUUGGCGGCUCAAUUUGGUCGAGCAAUCUCGAAACUGCUGAACGAGUGGCCAAGUCCCUUGAAGCCGGAACUGUCUGGCUUAACAACCACUUCGAGAUUAGUCCAAUGGCACCUUUUGCAGGACACAAGGAGUCCGGAAUCGGGGCUGAGUGGGGUGUCCCUGGACUCAAGGGCUUUUGCAACCCUCAGACUAUUGUCUUCCAGAAGGGUGCUAUUUGA